UUUUAACCCCAAACUCAGAUCCACCGCCUCCCUUUAUAAACCCUCACAUUCCCUUACCCUUUUCUCCCCUCUUUCUUUUCGAUCGAAAAGAAAAAAACACCCAGAGUCUCAGAUCACCCUGUUCUUUAAAUCAAGAUGCAGUCAACCAACGGUUCUGAUCUGAGCUCAAAGCACCAAAAACAGCAGCCCCCACCGCCGCCGCAGCCACAGCAGCCUCAAUGGAUGCCGAACCAAUGGAUGGGAGCUAUGCAAUACCCGGCGGCUGCUAUGGCAAUGAUGCAACAACAACAGAUGAUGAUGAUGUAUCCUCCUCAUCAUUACAUGGCUUAUAAUAACCCUCAUUUUCAUUAUCAACAACAGUAUCAACAACAACAGUUGCAUAAACAACAACAAGGAUCUAAUUCAGAUGAGGUUAAAACGAUCUGGGUUGGUGACCUUCUUCAUUGGAUGGAUGAAACUUAUCUUCAUAGUUUCUUCUCUCAAUCUGGCGAGGUUUCGUCUAUAAAAAUCAUACGAAAUAAGCAAACCGGACAGUCUGAAGGGUACGGAUUCGUGGAGUUUAGCUCUCGAGCAACGGCUGAAAAGGUUUUACAGAGCUGUAAUGGUUCUCUGAUGCCAAAUACAGAGCAGCCUUUCCAUCUGAACUGGGCUUCGUUCGGUGUGAACGAAAGACGAUCUGAUGCUGGCUCUGAUCUGUCUAUAUUCGUAGGAGAUUUGGCUGCCGAUGUAACUGAUACGGUGUUGCAUGAAACCUUUUCUAGUAAAUUUCAAUCGGUCAAAGGAGCAAAAGUUGUUAUCGAUUCGAAUACCGGUCGUUCGAAAGGUUAUGGUUUCGUUCGAUUCGGUGAUGAAAAUGAAAGGUCGACGGCCAUGACUGAAAUGAAUGGAGUGUAUUGCUCGAGUAGACCAAUGAGGAUUAGUGUUGCCACUCCCAAGAAAGCAUUUGGAUAUCAGCAACAGUAUUACUCACAAGGUAGACAAGCAUCGAAUGGUGCUGUGGAACAAGGUCUUCAUUCUCAUAAUGACUCGAACAAUGCUACUAUUUUUGUUGGAGGACUUGACUCGGAUGUUAGUGAUGAUGAUCUUAGACAACCCUUUUCCCAGUUUGGUGAGAUCAUCUCUGUGAAAAUACCGCCUGGAAAAGGAUGUGGGUUUGUGCUAUUUGCAAACAGGAAGGACGCUGAGGAAGCAAUCCAGAGCUUGAACGGAACAACCAUAGGCAAGCAGACCGUCCGACUUUCUUGGGGUCGAAGUAUUGGAAACAAACAGCGGAGAGCUGAUUCUGGAAACCAGUGGAAUGGAGGUUAUUAUCGACGGCAAGGCUAUGGUGGUUAUGGUUAUGGUUACGGUUAUGGCUAUGCAACUCCACCAAGUCCGGGUCCUAGCAUGUACGCUGCUGCAGCUGCCGUUCCUAGUGCUUCUUAAGAGUGGUGAGGUAUGGAAGUUUUAACAAGUUAUUCAUUAUUUAAGUAGGAUUGGUUUUGAUUGCUGCUUUAGCUUGAUAUUCAGAUUACAUAAGUUUUGUAGCUGGAUUUUGUUUUUGUAUCUUUUGGACUUGUUUUUACAACUUUAUUAAUAUGUUAUUUUACAAUUUUGAUUUUGUGUUUGAGAA